AUCGCAUAUUGUGACCUGACAGACUCCAAAGGCCUGCGUUACAGUCAGGAAGGACAUUGCAGCAAUGGCCCAGCAAUGUGUGAUUAAGCCGAUGCUGGAAGUGGAACUCUACGACAAUAACGACGGGAAUGUAGAGACAGACUGGAAAGAGUGGAAGAAGAAACAUGGUAAGUGCUACAGCCCUGAGGAGGAUGCGCGUCGUAAGCAAGCGUGGCUCAAGACAAGAGUGACGGUAACGGAGCAUAACAGGCUGUACAUGGCGGGCAAGGUGACCUCCACCCAGGGCGUGAACCAUUUCGCUGCCGACCUUGAAGGUGAAGGUCCUGCAAUGGGACUAAUUAUGCCCUCUGAAGAGGAGAUGAAGCGUUUGGAAGCUGAGCAAAAUUUAGUGGGAUUCCUGUAAUUCAGGUGAACCCAGUGGUCCUGUAGGGAAUGGCAGGGAGUGGUUGACCAGUGACCACCCCCCUCUGGAGAAAGUGUACACUGGUGUUUUGCUUUGGUUCUUUUCCCUCUUUGGUUUGUACCCUGGGUUAAAUUAGCUGGUGCUGGUGUUGUUGGACACCAACACUAAUGCACUGUAUGGUUCACGUGCUACCUCACCUCCAGUGGGCCCUUAUGCUUGUCCACGUUGCUCUUGUUGCUAACUAGAUUGCAAUAGCAGUGGCUAAUAUAGAAUAAUGCUCUGGAGCAGGGGUGCACAGCAAGGGCCGAUCUGUUUCAGGAUGUUGUGCCAACUUCUAAUCGUUUCAUUAGCUCAAUCAAGUCUAAAUGAUUCUGGUAUGUGUAUAAGCACCAGCUACAGUCACAGACUGCAGGUGUAUCCUAAAGAUUUCACUGCGAUCCAGUAGAGGCGUGAACCAGUGUAGUUUAUAGAGUGGUCAGAAACUUUAAUUUUCGUUCAUUGGUUGAAACAAAAACCAGCACACAGAUCGGCCCUCCCGGACCGGAGUUGUGCAGCCCUGCUCCGGAGGAAUUGCUGCCACCACAUAUGACCUCUACGACAUUCCCAGCCUAAAUUUCCUAAAAUUCCCACUCUAAAAAAAAGGAAGACAUAGAAAGGAAAGAUAUUUUAUGAGUACCGAAAUGACAUCAGGACAAAAUGUGGACAAACAUACAGAGCAGCGUAAGGAGAGGUUGGCUGGGGUGAAUCUGAAUCUAAUAUCUACCGCAUCUGAAUUUUUUGUACGAGGUGCAAUCCACCUGCGGUUGUUCUCUACGCUCAUCUGUGUCAACUAGGAGGUGGUGGGGUUUUCAUAUUGACUGUGUAUUUCUGUACUCAUUGCGUAAUCAGCCUUAGUAACCAGCUCAUUACCUGUAUGUUUGCCUGACCCACCCAGGGCCGUCAAUCUACAGGAUCUGUCCCUCCCAUUACUGCGGAGUGCUUGCAUCCAUUAAAAUGCAGGAAAAAAAGAAA